AUGACGACGCAGCUGCUUGCUACGGAGCUGGCCAAUCUCAUCCAGGAGAGCAAGCGCAAGCACAAUGACCUGCGACAGGCUGCUGAAAAGUCCCUGGAAGAUUUGAAGCAACUGGGUUCCAUUUCUGAGAGCGCCGUGUCUGAUCACCUGUCGCAAAGAACCAGUUUCGUGAACCCGUUCAUUAUUGCUUGCGGUACCAAAAAUGCCAAGUUCACCAGCAUUGCCAUCGUGUGCCUGCAGAGGCUCAUUGUCGCUAGAGCGCUGCCGCGAUCCAAGCUCAACCAGGUUCUCGAGGCCUUGAUGCAAGCUUCUUCCGCGGCUCUCGAUGUUCAGCUAAAAAUCUUGCAAGCGCUGCCAUCGCUUCUCCAAAACUAUGCCGCAGAGCUACAAGGCGAGCUGCUCGUCACCACGCUGAACAUUUGCUUCAUUUUGCAGAGCAGCAAAAAUGCAAUCGUCAACAACACGUCUGCGGCUACACUGCAGCAGCUUGUAGUAGCCGUCUUUGACAAAGUAGUCACAGAAGACAAAAAUGGUUCCAAUCAACCAUUCGUCGGCGAGGCUGCUACUGCCGAUGGCAAAGUCCAACUGCGUACCGCGGCCCUCGAUGCCUACAGAAUAUUUAAUGAUUUGUGCCUUCUUACCGAGAACCAAAGACCGGAAUACAUGCGCUUCGCCGGUCUCCCUCAAACCUUUGGACUAGAACUCAUCGAAUCUGUCAUCACCAACCACGGCAACUUAUUGGCGGCACACCCCGAACAGGUCCAAGUGCUGAGAGUGCGUGUGAUGCCUCUGCUCGUGAGUGGUUUAAAAGGGAAACCUACCUUUUCCACGUCGGUCAGACUGGUUCGUAUCCUGUACACCUUGCUACGCCGGCAUAUCAGCCUCUUGCCAGUGGAAUGUGGCGAGGCCCUCGGUAUCUUGACCCAUCUGAUGGAUCAGGAUUCGUCGUUGUGGAAGAGAGCUCUAUGCAUGGAAGUCUUCCGCGGCCUCUUUGCGGAGCAUUCGCUGAUACGAGAAAUCUAUGCCCUGUAUGAUGCCAAGGAGGGCCAGAAGGAUAUCUUCAAAGCACUUGUCGCCAUCUUUGUUCGACUGGGCACAGAAAAACCUGCCGUCAUAGGACUUAGCCACCAGUCUACAAUUCCAGCUUCUGAUAACCGUGACGGCCAGGAUGCCUCUGAUCAAGCUGUUCUGGAAGCCAGUGGUGUUAGUGGCAUCAUGAGUGGCACAUCCGGCGCAGAAUCAUCGCAUGUUGGCAUUAAUUCCAGAUGGAGUACUAUUCGUAUUCCUUGUAUUGAUCAGCUGGACAAAACUGAACCGCCUCCCAUCCCAGAAACAUAUGUAUACAGCUUGAUAUUGGCAUGCAUCUCGUCCCUCUCGGAUGGUCUUGCUAAGUUCAUUCUCCCGCUUACAGUUUCCGGCGACAACAAGGGCCGUCGUAAGAUCUCUCCACAAGAAUUGGACAGCGACUCGCCGAAGCCGCAGCAGCUGGAGGCCGAAAACCAUCCCACUCGAACCAGGACAGAACGAUCGUCAUCAUUCAAGAAGAAUCCGAUUCCUAUCAACCCACUCACACUCGAAAGUCACCCGCUGCACUCUGAGGUCAUGAUAUGUUCCUCCAUUGUCGACGAGUGCUGGCCUGCUAUUCUGGCCACAUGCUCCAAUUUUCUCUAUGCUUCGCUAGAUUCAGAGUACUACCAUGGACUCGUUCGAGCUUUCCAACGGUUUGCUCACGUCGCUGGCUUGCUUCAGCUCGCAACUCCGAGAGACGCCUUUCUGACCACAUUGGGAAAGUCUGCCGUGCCGCCUAAUGUCUUGACGGCCUGUCUCAAUGCCGGGCAGUCGCGGCCGCUCACACCUGCAGCCGCUCCUGAGAGCCCUGCAUCCUCCAUUUUGAGCAAUGCGAGGGGCCUUUUAAGCGUCGAGACACUCCAAAGCCCACAGGCGACAGAAAAGCAGCGUCAAGUGAACGCAGAUAUGGCCAGUGCAUCAUUGAAUACCCGCAACCUGCUCUGCCUACGUGCGCUUUUGAACCUUGGUAUUGCGCUCGGCCCGACUCUCGGGACAUCAUGGAGCAUCAUACUCGAGACUUUGCAACAGGCUGACCUCGUCCUCUUCUCUACGAGCAAGGGUUCGCUAAGAUCUCCGUCCAUGAGUCGAGCUCCUGACCAGGGAAGCGAGAGUGAAAACAGUUCUUUGAUGGCAAACUUUAGUAACGAAGUCCGCUCCGUCGAAACUGCGGCCUCCAGACUACUCGAGAGUACAAUUGACUUCCCCGACGAACAGUUUACGCAGGUGGUCCAAGCCAUUUGCGGACUUUUGGCCGUACAGCUCUCUACCGACAGCACUCCAGCACAGCCGCAAGCAAAAGAGCCUCUCAAGCCCGGCCAAAGGCCUGGCCAGGGCCAUAGGCGUGCACUCAGCUUUGCCAACCAAACAAUUACCGGCACCAACCAAGAACUCCUGUUUGCUUUGGCUAAGCUUGGUGAAAUCGCAUCCAUCAAUUCUGAAAGGCUACUUACCAGUGAUCCGGCUAAAUCCGGCUGGGAUUUGCUCGUCACUCAACUGAGCACCACCUUGGAUUCAACAACGUUGAGCGCGCCCGUUCGCACAAGGGCAGCCGAGGUUCUGGCUAGAUUCAUGCUUGAAUCUGGCAGUAUGGCCGCCAGUCUUUCAGAGGAUCUACGUGGCCCCAUUCAGUUGCGUCUUCUUGUCGGUUUGCGUGAGUCUCUGGCAGCACUACAAAAAAAGAAACGAGAGGACUCUGUUGCUGGUAACGCGACGGAUCUGGAAAUUCAUCGGAUUAUUCUCGAGGGACUUCGCCAAAUUCUCGAAAACUAUGGCGAGAGCCUAGUUGAAGGCUGGGACGUUGCUUUUGAGAUCAUCGGCAGCGUAUUUGUGGCCAAGGAUACAAUCUCAGAACAGGGAAGAGAGUCGAGCAAACCAAUCGGGACCCGGUCAUCGAAGCUGGUCCGUUCCGCAUUCGGCUCGCUGCAACUCAUCUGCUCCGACUUCCUGGCUUCGCUUCCCAAUAACUGCUUCUUGAUCCUUGUCGAUGCUCUGUACAAUUUCAGCUCGCAGGACGAUGAUUUGAAUAUUGCUUUGACGACUGUUACUUUUUUCUGGAUAUUAUCCGACUUCCUCUCUAGCCGGUCAAAGUCGCUCGAGAUCACUGAAGAGCUGAUGAAAGACGUUGACUCUACAAGCCUGGCGAAACUUGCUUCAAACAGUGAGGAUCAAAACUCCUCAGCGGCGCUCUGGCUGCUGCUACUGCAGCGUCUCACAGCUGUAAGCUCCGAUACCAGACUUGAACUUCGCAAUAGUGCUAUACAGACAUUGCUUCGCAUCUUUGACGCGUAUGGAGACCGCCUUACCCCAGAGGCAUGGUCCAUGUGCAUCAGGUCUGUCUUGUUUAGACUUUUGUCGUCGCUUGAAGAUGAGUUAGAAUCCACGAGCGAGGAUGAAACCGACGGCAACCGCAAUGAAUGGCAUGAUACUUCAGUCGUUGCCCUCGAUGGCAUAUCCACUCUUCUAGCAAACUACCUCGAUGCACUGACAGCGCAUUCAUCGUUUAACGAGCUGUGGAAAGAGCUGCUGACGCAUUUCGCAACCCUGCUCGACUUCAAAGUUCUUGCCAUUAAUACCGCAGCCUUCAAAGCGCUAGCCCUUAUCCUAUCUCAGGCAAAUGAGGAACAGAAAGCAAACCUCAAUGAAGAUGCCGUUGACCUGGCAUGGGAGCUGUGGGCGCGAGGCGUACCGGCGGCUGUAGUAAGCGAGGGCAAAGGGGAAGACAAUCAAGGCUGCUUGAUUGCAUACGUCGCGGCUUUGACAGAGCUCUAUCAACUAAUACAAGAGAACCUUACGGUCAAGAGAGUCGAGCGGAUCUUGACUCUGCUUCACUUGUCGGCCCAGGAGGCCUCGUAUGGCUCGUUUGCAUCGGAUCUGGACAACUUGACACAACUCCAAUCGAAAAUUAUGGCAGCGGUAAAAAUGAUACGAACCGAUGUGGAGGGCAUUCCGUCUGCUAUGCUGUCAUAUGGCUCAAAAUUGGUGACCCUGGCAUUUGAACAAGAGUCGACUCGGGAGAAGAAGCCAAAGCGCACGUUUGUCGCGCUAUCCAGAGCAAGCAUAUCCUGUUUGGAAAUAGUGGCACUGAAGCACGCAGCGGACAAGGACAUAUACGCCAGCGGAUCACUGGCGACGGCGCUCGUAGCUCUUUGCAAACCGAUUGCAUUGAAGUACGGCUUUCCGCUGACUACGAAGGCCGUCCAACCGUGGAGAGUGGCGACCUCGUCUGCUCUUGCUAUUUUGGAGGCUACUUUACCGCAGCUGAAAGACCUUCACGUACCGAAAGAGACCGCGCAGCACAUUUGGUUCAAUGUUGCAAGUCUCGGUGACAGCAUCUUGAGUGCUGACUGUGAUGACGCUGCAGCAGGGACUAAUUUUGCUGCCGAUGAGGAGUUUGACAUUGCGUCUUUCAAGCAUCUGCGAGACAUGAUCAUACCGGAUCUCGGGGCAGAAGAUGUCCCUGACCAGGCCAGAAAAGCGCUUGCAUCGAGCCUGUUCAAGACAUCCAUCAUCCAUGCACCCACGGAUGCCGACUACGAAAUCAUCAAUGGAGAAAGCGAAGCUGGACUCUCUGCGCUUUACGAAACACGAACAGGCCAAACUGUCUUUGUCCCCCCGACAUGCCGCACCAAGAUUGCGUAUGUCGCGUUUGAGGAGCUCUUUACCCUCGUGGCGGAAGAGCACGCCGACCAGCCUCCCAUCACCAAAUCAAAGCCAACGAAAAAGGGCAUGGCGGCAAAGGACGACGCUUCUCUUUCCAUGUCCAUCCGAGCCCGCAUCGCUUCUUCCGUGGCGCCGUUUUUCAUUCUGCGGUGUGCUCUCGCCUUGCGCGCGUACGUGGCCGACCAGCCGCUGCGAGGCAAGAUGCCGCAGCCAGUGAGCCAACGGCGCGAGCUGCUGUGGACGCUGCGCAGGCUGGUCGACUUGCGCAGCGAGUCGGACGCCAUCCCGGCGCUCAACGGCGCGCAGAGCACGAGCAGGAAGCACCUCCUGCGGCUGUAUCCGCUCCUGGUAAAGGGGCUGGUGGCCGGAGGCGAUGAAAAGGUCCUGGAGCUGCUGAGGGAAGCGCUGGACGUGAUAGGAGGAGAGCUGGGCAUUGCCUAG